UCGCUCUUCGACCUAUCUCGCCAAAAAAGGAAAAAGGAAAAAUAUAAGGAUAUUCUGAUAGCACUAUUAAGUAUAGUUGUUAGUGGGAAAAUAGAAAAUACGGCUUAUUACCUACGGGAUAGUAAGGAGAUUAUCAAUCUCUAUAGUGUUCACAAAGCUUCGCGGUCGCUAAAACAAUCGGAUACUUUAUAG